AUGUUGGGCCCAAUCGUUAGCUCACUUAGUGGAACAGCCAGCGACGGCGGUCACGGCACUGCGUGGGAAGCAAGCUUCACUAACUUGCCCAGCGCAGGUGGUCCCUUCCUAUGGCACAUCCAUUUCAGUCCAGUCCCUGCAAACGGAGACUGCGCAGGCACCAGCGGCCACUUAGAUCCCUUCAGUGUCGGUGAUGUAACAGUUUGCGAUCCCAAUAGUCCCGCCAACUGUCAGAUAGGAGACCUCUCUAGCAAAUUUAGCAAAAUCACAGCCUCCCUUUUCUCUCUAUCUUUUGAUAAUCUGUUCUUCUCGACAAAUCUGACAUACGCGGCAUUUGUUGGAAGUCGAAGUCUGACUAUCCACACUGAUAAGAAAAGAAUUGCGUGUGCGGAUUUUGUGGCGGAGACUGGUGAUGGGGAGGGUGAUUCUGGGGAUGGAGAAGAUGAUUCCGGAGAUGAAGAGGAUACAGGGAAUAAUGAAGAUGCUGGACCCGAGAAAAGAGUUCCUCCACUUCCACCUGGCGUCGUUCCUUCUCCAACAGCAAUCUCAACUCACGGUUCGAUCUACACCGUUGUCCUAAUAACGACUCUGGCAGCAGCAGCAGCACCUUCCGAGGGCAAUAGGGACGAUGAAGACGAUACAGGUGAUGAUGGGGAUGAUCCUAGGGAUGGAGACGAUGGAGAUUGUCCAGCUGACGAGGAUGAGUAGACUUGAAAGCGGCCAUGGGCUUGUCUCUAAAUUUCCUUUCACAAUGAUUUCUAGCUCUAUAGGUUUAGGUUUGGGUGGGGGGAAAAUAUAGAUCAGGCUUGCAGGAAAUCUUUCUUUCUUGCAUUGGAGAAUUCAGAUAUUGCGGUGCAAUCUCAGUUGAUGUAGAACAGAACUUGUACAACAGCAAUACCCCGCAUUGGUGGGUUCCACGAAUCCAGC